GUUCAGCAUCUGGUUUUCGGUGAAGAGUGCCUCUGGGUACCGCGAAACGAAAUGUUCUUUGUAAAUUGAUCGAGUUGUUGACGUGCUGUGUUUAAUUUGAAUGAAUUAAAAGGCUCUUAUUUGUCUGAGAGGUGAAUAUUAACCAUGGUAAAGCUGCAGAGAAAAUUUAUUGCUGGGGAUAAGGUGUUUGCCAAAGUUCGAGGUUACCCACCAUGGCCAGCUAGAAUCGAGAGUAUAACAGAUGGAAAUACCAAGAAUGCAAAAUAUAAGGUUUUUUUUUAUGGAACUGGAGAAACCGCUGUCUGUAAAGUGGAUGAAUUAUUUGGUUACGUGGAAAACAAGGCAAAAUUUGGGAAACCACUAAAAAGAAAAUAUUUUCAUGAGGGUCUGCAACAGCUUGAGAACGAGCUUGCAAGUACUGGUGAUAUUCCUACCCACAAUUUUUCUGAACCUCAAGAUGAUCCAUCUUUGACCGCUGAAGAAGCAUCUAUCACACUUGAGGAAAGUGAUCUUGCGGACCCGCUAGCAUUAGUGAACGCAACCGACAGUGACACAGAAGGUGGCCCACUAAUAAUUGAUGAAGGUGAAAAAAAGAAGGCUGUGAAAAGAAAGGCGCCCACGACGCCAUUAACAUCCAACAUAAAUCCAUCAACGCCCUCCAGUAAUCAGGAUCCACCAGACAUGAAAAAAAAACGUGGAGGUCGGGGUAAAGGUACACCUAUCCUUACUGGAGAUACAGCCAAGCAUGACAGCUUACUUGGUAUUCAAGAUGACGAUGUUCCUGGUAAGGAAGUGGUUAGUCGAAGCGGCAGAAAAAUCAAGCCUAAACGGUUCGCUGACUUCUCAAGUGGGGAUAAAGAUAAUGAGAAAUAUGAUAAUUCAGUUAGCCCUAGAGCCUCAGCUAAAAGCAAAUCUGAAGAUGCAAUUACAAAAGAACUGUCUCCAUCGAGAGAUUCAAAUAAAGCUAAUAGAAAUAAUGAUCUGGAAAGAAAACUAGAUGACUCCACUACUAUGGAAACAGAUGGGGAAUCUUUUUCUACCACAAAAUGUGCAGAAACCCCAAAUCGUUUUUUGUUGGCUCGUACUUUUGCCGGCGAAUACGUAGGUAUUAAAUUGGACGUGGAUAGACCAAAAUCAUUCGAAAAUGAAGACGCUCGAGUACAAUGGGACCGGGCAAAGGCUAAAACUGCUAUGAAGUUAAAAACACAAUUGGAAAGUGGCUCCAUUCUACCCGAACAAGUUAAAGAUGCUUUGGAUUUCAACGUACACGUUGAUGGCGAUGAGAAAGAAAUAUCAUCCAAGAAUGCCGUACUGCAGGACAAAAAAUAUAGAUUAAGGUGGCUACGGAUUGAAUCCCAGCUAUUACAAUUGGAUGCCCAAAUCAAGUCAAACCUUGGCUUAGAUAGAGCAGAUACUGACAAAUGUUUACAUGCAAUGGACGACAUGCUCGCGCUCCCAAUCGAUCCUCUGAUGCUCAAGAAACAUCCACAGAUUGUUGAAACUGUCCGAAGGUUGCGGAGGUACAUUGGUAACUUGGCUGAGUGGAAGCUCAAUGAAGACGAAGCGUCUAUCUUCAAACAGAAAGCUGAACAGAUUAAACAGAAGGCUGAACACAUAUACAACAAAUUUGAGGCAAUGUUUACCAUAUCUGGAGGGCAGACUUUCUGGCAAUCAUUUUCUGAUCAGGUAGACCACUUCAAAGAAUUGACAAAAGACAUGCCAGAAGAAAAAAUGUUUUCGCUUAUGGCCGAUCCUUCUCGCCCUGAGAAAGCUUUUCCUUUAGAAUCAACAUCAGAUAUUGCCUAUGACCCAACCGAGGGGUCUACCGAUACAGGACUGGACGAAGAAGCAGACUCUGAACCUGUAACAAGUCCCGCUGCAAUGGAAUCCGAUGAAAAGUAACAUCAGGCACGGCAGACAGUUGCCACUCACAACAGCAUUCGUUACUAUGAUGAGAUCAUUCUAUGUUGUCCAUAUGGAAGAGCAGAAAAGUUAGAAUGUUUUGAACGCAAUGUUCUUUCGAGAGAAGCAAGUAGACUGGUUUUAAUAGACAUAAAUUAACCAGAAUAAUGCCUUUUGUCAGUACAUCGUAACAUUUAUUACCUAAAUGAUUGAAAGAAAAAAUACUGCUCUUAGUUCAAGUUUUCUUUUCAAAAUAUCGAAGAUUGUCAGUUUGUUUGAAGCACCUUCAGAUGCUGCCAAAGAAUAUGAGUUUUUCUAACAGAAUACAAAUCACAUUAAAGUCUUGCAGUGUCUCACAAUAAUAUUGUUAUAUGCAUAUUUUAAUUGCCUACAUCUUUUGGACAGUUAUGAGGAGCUAAUAUAAAUGAGACUUUCGAUUUUAUGAAUAACAAGAAAAAAAAUGCUACCAAGAAUUCUGUCUGCACCUAGAUAGAACCAAUCCCUGUUCAGAAAACUCCCAAAUUUGCACCAAAAGGGAUUUGUUGAGUAUCGCAUAUAACGAAUCAAGAGUCGCAGGUUAGCAUAUUGUAUAUUUUUUGGCAUCAUCUGAAAUAGGCAACUUUCGUGGAUAAAUUCUUCACUCUAGUUUUACCCUACACUUUAAAGGGACUGUAAGUCUGUACUUUAUACUUAUGUUUUACUAUACCAUGAUCGUUGAAGGCAUAUUGUACAACUUCGCUGACGCUCAUAAGUCUUUCUCCGAGCAAUAGGGGGGUAGUUCUUGGGAUCAUGUGAGCAUCAUUCGUCAAAAUUUCCAAAAUAUUGGAAAAAGCCGAAUUUGAAGGAAAAAAAAACUGACGGGCUUUCGGAGCGUAUUGAAGGAAAUGAUCAAGAACAUGAAUAUACCGCAACAUCUUAUUCAUUUGUUUAUUACCGUUCAGUUUAUUAUACCUAUACAUAUACAUUGAGUAUAGUAGAUGUAGUUUCUAUGUUUUCAGUGAUUUAAGGGAAAAAUUAUUUUACAAAAAGUUAAAAAUAAAAAUCUUUCCGAAUAUCACAUUUGGAAAUGCUUAUUUCAAUUGUAAUGAUAUUUUGAAUAAAAAAUGUUAAAGUCAA